AUGUAGGAGGUUAUCAUGAGGGGGGAAGGGAAAUCCUCGUUGACGAUUCAGUUUGUUGAAGGCCAAUUUGUUGACUCCUACGACCCAACUAUAGAGAACACUUUCACAAAAUUGAUCACAGUAAAUGGACAAGAAUAUCAUCUUCAACUUGUAGACACAGCUGGACAAGAUGAAUAUUCCAUCUUCCCGCAGACGUACUCCAUAGACAUUAAUGGUUAUAUCCUUGUGUAUUCUGUUACAUCAAUCAAAAGCUUUGAGGUGAUUAAAGUUAUCCACGGCAAGCUGCUGGACAUGGUGGGGAAAGUACAGAUACCCAUUAUGUUGGUCGGAAAUAAGAAGGACCUGCACAUGGAAAGGGUGAUCAGUUACGAAGAAGGGAAGGCGUUGGCCGAAUCUUGGAAUGCAGCGUUUUUGGAAUCUUCUGCUAAAGAGAAUCAAACUGCUGUGGAUGUUUUCAGGAGGAUAAUUUUGGAGGCAGAAAAAAUUGAUGGGGCCUCUUCACAAGGAAAGUCAUCCUGCUCGGUGAUGUGAUUCCCUGCAGGACCCAAGGACACUGGGGCCCGUCUGCCUGAGGACACAGACUACCCGUCACCCUUGAAGAUAAACUGCUUCGUUUCUCUUCUGUUAACCUGAACGAUUUCAUUUGGGUCAGAGCUUUUUCCCGCCCGCACCCUUUCAGAUUAUGUUGAACUCUGACUCUGCCUACCUGAGUUCACUUCCACUUUCAAUUUUAAGCAAUCAUAUUUUCAAUUUAUAUAUUGUAUUUCUUAAUAAUAUUAUGACCAAGAAUUUUAUCGGCAUUAAUUUUUAAGUGUAGUCUGUUGUUUAAAAUAAUGUAAUCAUCAAAAGAUGCAUAUUGUUACACUAUUAACUAGGCUUCCAUAUAUCAGUGUUUAUUUCAUUGUGUUAAAUGUAUACUUGUAAAUAAAAUAGUUGCAAACCUUAA